GUGGGGAAAAUGUGUCAGUUUAAGAAGAGUGGUUUCACUUUUCUCUCGUCAUAUCACUGUAGCUCAGCGCCUCGACUCUAUUUGGAACCAUGACAUUUGUGAACACUCUCAAACAGUGGGAUGAGGCAGUGGCCUGUUUCGAACGCGGGGAUUCCGCAGCUGCCCUUGGAACAUUUCUGGACAUCCAGGAAAAGAACUCCAAAAUCUUUUUCAACAUUGGCUGCCUACAUUUGAUCAAUAAGAACCUAGAUGCAGCUGAAAAGGCUUUGGACAGAUGUAUCGGAAAGGAUGAACACUUGGCUGUUGCAUUCUUUCAAAGGGGGUUGACAUUCUACAAAAAAGAAAGGUUUGAGGAGUCUUUUGCUGAUUUCCAACAUGCCUUCAAGGAGUUGAGGGGGAACCAGCUGAUCGACUACAAACCUCUUGGUCUGAGAUACAAAUUAUAUGCUUGUGAGGUACUGCAUAACAUGGCGCUGGCCCAUGCUCAGCUGGGUCAGUGGGAGAAAGCCAAGGAGAACCUCCUGACUGCUCUGAAUCUCAGGACUGAGGCCAAACUCAGCCACAUCGACAGAGGUCUGGAGUGCAUCCUGAAGCAGAAGCUGUUUGAGCCAGUUAAGGUCCCGGCGAAAGUGCUGUUCAAGCCAAACAAGAACUAUGUGGCUGAACUGGAGAAGAAGGACUACCUGGGAAAGGCUAAGGUUGUUUCUUCCAUCGUCUUCCAGGAUGAGUUCUCUGGCUUUGCUCCGUUACAGCCACAGGUUGAAGAUAUUCCUACCAGACCAAAAGCACCUGAAGUUCUGAGGGCUCUAGAGGGAGAGCCUCACACUGUCCUCUUUGAGUUUGUCCCUGAGACAAGUGAUGAGUUAGCUGUGGUGCCUGGCAACAUUGUCUUUGUGCUGAACAAAGGAUCUGACAACUGGGCCUCUGUCAUCUUCAAUGAGCGAAGGGGGCUUGUUCCUUAUAAUUUCCUGGAGCGUUUGGAAAUAACCUUAUCAUCUAAGCAAGAUCAGGAUGGGACAGACAAGGAUGACAUCCCAGGGCCACCUAGACGAGAACCACCAAAUAGACCUCAGAGAAAUUCUGCAGCUUCUGCUACUGAAAAUCAGAGCAUUGGGGACACAAAAACAGAGUCUUGCCAGAGUGAAGAGUUUAGUGACCCUUCACUCUGUGUAGUGAAAGUGCACUUCACAUACACCAUAGCAAUCUGCAUGGUGCCUGGACUUCCCUACACAACAACUCUGGAGAAAAUCAGUAACAAACUGGGCCUCCCUGCCACAGCAAUCACCUUGAGCUAUGCCCAAAUAGAUUUGGGUAAAAAAGUGAUUGAUGAGAACACAAGGAUGGAAGAUGUUUGGAGCUGUGUCCACAAUGGUCGUUUAACACUGUGGUGUGAUCUCAAAGAGGGAGUGAGUGAGCAGCUACAAAGCCAGACUCACCUGAUGGCGCUUCAUUCCUAUGAGUCUUCAACCCCAGAGGAUCUUGAGUUCCAUCAAGGAGAUACCAUCUUACUUCUCUCCAAAGUCAAUGAAGACUGGUUUGAGGGACAGUGCAACGGAAAGAUUGGCAUAUUUCCGGCAUCCUUUGUGGAAGAAGUUCCUAUGAAAGAUAAAUAAUGUAAAAGGACUGUCAGGAUAAGGAACAAUGACUUCAUAGAGAUUGGGGGAUUUGUUAUUUCUACUUUGAGCAUGAGGUCCGGGAUUCUAUCCGAUCACGCUUUGGCAGCUAUGCACCUUUUAAAGGCAAUGUUCACACAUUCGUGGAAACUACAUUUAUGGUCCACACUGCAUAUGUUGGCUGACUCAGCUCAAUAUGGGAUUGAAUCCUGGCCUUCGUCUUCUAAUCUGGAAACCACCAAACAAACAUCAUCAAAGAAAAACAGUCAGAUUUCAGUAUUUAUGUUGAGAGGAAGGCAUUUAGGUCCGAAACGUCAUUACCUAAGCAAGGACUUUUCUUCAUUGGGCUGAUAUUUACCAAUUUAUUUCAUGUUAUUGUUAAAGUGUGUUAUAAGUUUUAAUAACCUUUUUGGCCAGCACGAAUCAAGCAUGCCCAGGUUUUCUACAUAUUUGAAUAGAAAUGCAUUAUUUUGUUUUACCUUCUUUUUACAGUUGAAUUCCCAUACACUGAGUUUACAUACACUUAGGUUGGAGUCAUUAACUCGUUUUUCAACCACUCCACAUAUUUCUUGUUAACAAACUAUAGUUUUGGCAAUUCGGUUAGGACAUCUACUUUGUGUCAUUUUUUCCAA